GUUAAUGCAACCUCCUUUUCUUUUUGUAAUACUUUUAGACCGAAUGUGCUCUCACUCCUCCUUUUUCUUCUCCCCAGGAGAGAAAUGUCAGUACGAUCCCUCUUUUCGGGGUCCUAUCCAGAAGAGGAGCUGUACAGAUAUUAUUUGCUGCGUUAUCUUUGGGGUCUUCAUUGCUGGUUACAUUGUAGUGGGACUUCUGGCCUGGCUGUAUGGUGAUCCCCGACAAGUUAUUUACCCCAGAAAUUCAACAGGAUCCUAUUGUGGAGUUGGCAGCAAUCGUGACAAACCGUAUCUUCUCUACUUCAACCUCAUAAAAUGUGUCAUGGACCUAAACCCAUUGGCAGUGGCAAUGAAAGGUUUGCAGUGCCCUACCACACAGAUUUGUGUCUCCAGUUGUACUGACAAAUUCUGGGUGGUGCCUCCCUCUGCCUUGAUUCCCCCAAGUCCCUUACAUACUAUGAAACCUUCUGUCGUCUGGAAUCAGACAUUGUGCCAACCCAGCAUUGAUCUCAAGACGACAAACUUGACGGUGUCAGAAAUUCUCAACCAGCAACUUUGUCCCGAAUUCACCAUCCCAACCAUGCCACUUAUUAAUCGUUGCUUACCUUCUUUCAACACCUCUCAAGUUGGAAACUUUAAUGUGAGUGGCAUGACACAAAAUGAAACCCUGAGCUAUAUCACAAAUGGCACACAACAACUUAUAAGUUCUCUGGGUGUGAAGGAUAUUAGCAUGAAGAUCUUUGAGGAUUUAACACGGACGUGGUACUGGAUUCUCAUGUGAGUACUUCCUAUAGCAGAAGGAGAUUGUUCAUGGGGGCUGAGGAAAUUAAGAGGGCUUUCUGUGUUAUAUUCAGAUGAAUAAUGACUCUUGAAGCAAUGGGGGUAUGAUUGCAGCCAGAGCUGUGUGUGUGUUUUUCUACGUUGUGUAAGCGCCGAUUCUGGAACUGGGCUUGGAAUCAAGAACUUUAUUUUUCUCGUCCUUCUUUUAAAGACACCUCUAGUCUUUGUGGCUGGGGAAAACACCUUGAGGAAGUCUCAGAUGAAUAGGUUUUUCAGGGAUCAAGCAUAAACUUUUCAAGUUCAGAACCUAAAUGGUGGCAUUUAAAUCUAGAAAUGUUCCUUUGUGGAAAUUCAAUUUAUUACAAGUUAAACUCACCUUGAAGAUUCAGAUUUACUGUGUAACAGUUUGUCACUUUGUUGAAGCAAUUCCUUACAAUUCAGAACUACAGAAACUAUUGGCUGUUUGUGAACUCGCUCCAGCAGAUAAGAAUUAGUUUCAGCAAAGUAUACACCUACAUCCUCUUUUUAUUAAAAACGCAAUCAGGUUUUUCCUAAAUAUAACGCUCAUAUAUGGAUGACUCAGCUCAUGUAUGGAUAUAUAAGCAUUGAACGAUAUCUAAGAUUGCAAGAAUUUAAAAUUUUAAGAGACUGUCUUGAGCGAUGAAGUGGCUAAUGAGUUGGUCCAGAUCGUGAAAUUAAAAAGAGAUUGCUAAGUACUCCAAGAUGAUUUUCCCAAACUAGUCAAUGGAUCUUAAAAUGACAAAUGCCAAUUAAGUCAUAUUAUACAAAUUACAUAAAUCUGUGGUAUCGUCGCACGUGGAAUGCUGCGUAUUGUUUUGGUCACCACAUUUCAAAAAGGAUAUCGAAGAGGUUCCUGUU